AUGAAUAAAUUAUUAGUUUUUAUAUUAUUAUUGUUAUUAUUAAUUAAUAUUUCUUUUGCAAGAAAAAGAUCAUACAUUAAAAACACAGAUGCUUCAAUUGUUGUAACUCAAUUUGGUGCAAUUAAGGGUAUUGUUGAAGAUACUCAUCGUGUAUUCUAUGGUGUUCCAUUUGCUCAACCACCAGUGAACCAAUUAAGAUGGGAAAAUCCAAUUGACUUAAAGCCAUGGGAAAAUGUUAGAGAAACUUUAACCCAAAGAUCACAAUGUGCUCAAAAAUGUAAUCUUGGUCCAGGUGUUUGCUCUCCAAUUGGUACUUCUGAAGAUUGUUUAUAUCUUGACGUUUUUACUCCAAAAGAUGCCACACCAAAUUCAAAAUACCCAGUAAUUGUUUAUAUUCCAGGUGGUGCAUUUAGUGUUGGUAGUGGUUCUGUACCUCUUUAUGAUGCUACUAAAUUUGCUCAAUCAUCAGUAAUAGUUGUUAAUAUUAAUUAUAGAUUAGGUGUUUUAGGUUUUAUGGGAACUGAUUUAAUGCAUGGUAAUUAUGGUUUCCUUGACCAAAUUAAAGCAUUAGAAUGGGUUUAUAAUAAUAUUGGUUCCUUUGGUGGUAAUAAAGAAAUGAUUACAAUUUGGGGUGAAUCUGCAGGAGCCUUUUCAGUUUCAGCUCAUUUAACAUCUACUUAUUCAAGACAAUAUUUUAAUGCUGCCAUCUCAUCAUCAUCACCAUUGACUGUUGGAUUGAAAGACAAAACAACCGCCAGAGGUAAUGCUAAUAGAUUCGCAACAAAUGUUGGUUGUAAUAUUGAAGAUUUAACAUGUCUUCGUGGUAAAUCAAUGGAUGAAAUUCUUGAAGCCCAAGAAAAAGUUGGACUUACCUUUGGUGAUAAAAUUCUAGAUGCUUUUACUAUUUGGUCACCAGUUAUCGACGGAGAUAUCAUACCAAUGCAACCAUUAACCGCUGUAAAGGAAGGUAAAACAUAUGAUGUUCCAACCAUUAUUGGAAGUGUAAAACAUGAAGCUAUCCCAUUCAUUUAUUCAUUUUUCCAAGAUAUUGUUGGAAUUGAUUACUAUAGAGUUCUCGUUGCUAUUGUUUUCCCAUUGAAUGCUAUGAAGAUUUUACCAUUAUAUCCAGCCGCUCCAAGAGGUCAAGAUUCAAGACCAAUUUUAUCUGAAUUAAUCACUGAUUAUUUAUUCAGAUGUCCAGAUAGAUAUCAUACCGUUACAAAUGCUAAAAAGCUUUCAUCCCCAACCUAUCAUUACUAUUAUGUUCAUGUAAAAUCAACUGGUCAUUCAUUGGAUGCCUGUGAUGAUAAAGUAUGUCAUGGUACUGAAUUAUCACUAUUCUUUAAUAGCUAUGAAUUAAUGGGUGAAAGAUUGGAUAAUGAUGAAAAGGAAUUAGCUAUUGAUAUUAAUAACUAUAUAGUUAACUUUGCAACUACUCAUAAUCCAAACACUGGUUUAGAUGUACCAAUACAAUGGAGACAAGUCACUUCUACUCAAAACUCAACUUUAAUUUUGGAAACAACUAUUGAAACUAAAGAUACUUUUACAAAUGAUCCAAAAUGUAAUGCUUUAGAUUUGACUUAUUAUAGAAAUCAAGUUAGACCUUAA